AUGCCCGCUCACCGGAGCCGCAUGGCAUUCGAGCCAAUGUCGCCACUACUUGACAUAGAUGAGAUAGUUGACUCAACCCCCAACUUCCAACUCGCGAUGCGAGUCACUUGUGACUCCAUCAAAGAAUUCCCCCUUGAAGACUUUGAGAGACUUGUGUUAUACCAAGUCGUUCUGUCUGGUAGACCUCUUGUCAUUGAAGGAUUCCAAGAAUACCUUGACAAUAAUCUCUUUUCUGAGAAAUGGCUUCAAGAAAAGUACGCAUCAAAGGUCGAAGAAGUUCGUGAUCUGGUCCGCAAAAUGAAUAUAUCGUUCACCAUGGGACAUUACCUGUCAAGUCUACCGGCCUUGACACGCCAGAUGACGACCGAAAAUUAUGAUCAGAAGGAUCGACAACGUCUUUAUAUGAAAGACAUUGAUUGCCCACCAGAAUGGCGCGCAUACAUUGAAAACAUCAUACCGCCGUCUUUGUUCUACUUGAAUGAAGCUCCCAAGUCCUUCCAAGGACCAGCUUCCCAACAGACGAAUCUAUCCGAGGUCUCGCAAACCGCACAGGCGGAACUGAUCGCCCCAGCAGGCGACCUGAUGAGCAGCCUGCCCCCCAACAUGCGGGCAGAAAAUCUGAUGUGCUACAUAGGACAUGAAGGGACGUACACGCCGGCACACCAAGAAAUGUGCGCCAGUUUGGGCCACAAUUUGAUGGUAAAUGCUUCUGAAGGGAAUCCAGAGAAUGGCAAGCCAACUGUGCCAGGCUCUUCAUUAUGGCUGAUGACUGAAACGAAAGACCGAUGCAUUGUCGCUGAGUACUGGGUGUCUGUUCUCGGGCAUGACAUCGAUAUUGAGGAUUUCUUCGCCCCCUUGCAUGCGUGGAAGAUCGCACCGUUCAAAACUUGGGUAGUUGAGCAGAGACCUGGUGAUCUGAUUCUUGUGCCACCCCUGGCUGCUCACCAGGUUUGGAAUCGUGGAACGCGCACCAUGAAAAUUGCGUGGAAUCGGACCACGGUCAAUACGCUCGAAUUGGCACUGCACGAAGCAUUACCACAUGCUCGGAUGGUCGGCCGGGACGAGCAAUACAAGAACAAGGCCAUUGUUUUCUUUACUCUCGAACGCUAUUCCAAGUUGCUGCAACAGGCGAAGAAAGUCAGCCAUCCUGUAGUCACCCAAUUGUGGCAAGAUUUCGGACGCCUGUUCGACUUGUACAAAGAGAUUUUGUUGUCAGAAACCUUUUCACAGAGGAAGCCAGAGAAAUUUGUGGAAUAUCACGAGUUUCAAAGCAACGUGACCUGUUCCUUUUGUCGCUGCAACAUCUUCAACAGAUUUCUGACUUGCCCUGGUUGCAUCAAUGAUAUUAAGGGCAGCGAAGACGAGCCUUACGACGUUUGUAUGGAUUGCUACGUGAUGGGUAGGAGCUGCCACUGUAUCUCAAACCUCCAAUGGAUGGAGCAAUUUCCUUUCAAAGAGCUCACAGAUCGAUACGACACGUGGCGCCGUCUUCUUGUUUCCUCGGACGAAGAAAACAAGGAUUUGAAGCAGAAAUAUCCAACUUUUGUUGUCGCCCGAGCUCAAGCUGGGAAAAAGUCCAUUGCUGAAAUUUGCCAAGAGCAACUGGCUCGUCGCCCAUGGAACGAUCCAAAAAAUCCGAAGCCAGCUUUCAAACCUGAAAGAAAACUCAAAACCAAGGAAACCGACGGCGAAGAGAAUGACCAAGAUGGCCGCCCACGAAAAAAGCGAAAAAUUCGACCACCUGUGACCAACAAUCCUGAGGGGGUUCACCGCUGUCACGUUUGCCUUCAUUUCGAGGUGAAUUGGAAGCUAGCAUCUUGCUCCAACUGCGACCAGCGUUAUUGCUAUGGCAGUCUAUUCCGCGCUUUUGAGAUUUCGCCUCAACAGGCAAUGGAAAAACACCACUGGCUGUGUCCCAAAUGCCGAAAGGAAUGCAGCUGUGGUGCAUGUCAACGUGACUCGACGAUGAAACCUUACGAACCAAACUGCACCUUGCUUGGUCAUGACACGAGCAAGGUCGCAGACCCUCGUAGUGUUGAAUCAUUGGUGGACUUCAAGAAGUCCAAUCUCUGGUGGUUGAAAAAAUUCGGUGACGAUGUGCACGGUCGAAUCUAUAAACGACAAAAAGAAGUCGAACAAUCAGAGAUCGAACGACAGAAACUUCUUGAAGCGGAAGGCUUCAAAUUUGAAUCAAGUCCAUUUGACCAACCCACCCAGAACGUCCAGAGUGGUUCCGAUGGCCUGGUUGACAUGGAAAUUCCUGUUGAUCCAUCCUUGUUGGACGAAUCUUUUCUAAGCGCAGCCGCUUAG